AAAAAGUCAACUCACUUCCUGUUGCGAACCAAAUAGCGCGCCUUUCUGGUUGAUCUUUUGUGUUGGACUUCUAGAUCUACUGCGUUAUAAAAUUUUGUUUCGCCUAAGUAAUUAAAAUAUUGAGGUCUACAGAUCUAUAACAAGAUGGUUAAACUAACUAACGGUGCCAUUGUUGAUAUACUUAAUGGUGGCACGCCUGAAAAACCACUAUUACAAGUCAUAAAUGCCAAAAAAAUAGAAUCUGCCAACACUGUUGAUCGCUAUCGACUUUUGUUGUCAGAUGGUGACUAUUCGUAUUCUCAUGUUAUGAUGGCUGCUCAGCUAAACAAGAUGAUGGAAAGCAAUGAAGUCACAAAUUUCUGCGUCAUUGAAGCCACAAAAUAUAUGUGUAACAAGUUGCCUGGCGAAAAGCGUGUCAUUAUUUUACUGGACAUCAAAGUCUUGGCUAAAGGUAGCGAAGUCGGCCAAAAGAUUGGCAAUCCUACUACUAUUAACCCAACACAAGUUCCAACAAAACCUGUCAGUUCAGAACCUGCUGGUGUGGAUAAAAAUCCUGUCAUACUGCAAUCUAAACAAGUAAACAACACAACUGGAAGAGCACAGCCUAGCUUGAGUUCUGGCUUGUCUGCGAAUUCAUCUGUCAGCAAGAGUUUGACUCCCAAUACACCAUCUCGUCCUCACUCCAUUGCUAGCUUGACUCCAUAUCAGAACCGAUGGCGCAUUAGGGCCAGGGUCACCAUGAAGUCAAAUAUUCGUACCUGGAAUAACUCAAGAGGAGAAGGGAGAUUGUUCAACGUGAAUCUUCUUGAUGACAGUGGGGAAAUUCGUUUAACUGGGUUUAAUGAUCAGGUGGACAAGUUUUACAAUCUUCUUGAGGUGAACAAAGUCUAUUACUUUUCAAAAUGCACCCUCAAAACUGCAAAUAAACAGUAUUCAAGCUUGAAUUGUGAUUACGAGAUGACAAUGAACCCAGAAACCAUCAUUGAACCCUGUAAUGAAGAGAUUGACCUUCCAAUGAUGACCUUUGACUUUGUGCAGCUUUCAGAGCUGGAAAAGUGCAAGCCUCCAUCUAACGUUGACAUUAUUGGUGUUGUUAAAGUUUGCAAUGAUACUGGAACUGUUAUUGGUAAGCAAACCCAGAAGGAAAUCACUAAACGGGACUUGCAGAUAGUUGACCAAACGGGACUUGCUGUUAAUCUUACAUUAUGGGGAGAUGAUGCUGUGCAGUUUGAUGGUCAGGGUUUCCCGGUGGUUGCUGUGAAAAGUGCCAGGCUGUCAGAUUUUCAUGGGCGUUCUUUGUCUGUAUCAAACGGCAGUCAGCUGCUCAUCAAUCCAGACAUCAAGGAAGCACACAUCCUGCGAGGCUGGUUUGAAAAUGAAGGCAGAUACCAAAAUUUUAACAGCUAUCAGAGUGAAGGAGGCCAAUCAAGUGGUCAUUCCACCAACUGGAAAUUGUUUUCACAGGUAAAAUCAGAAAACCUUGGCCAAGGGGAAAAGGCUGACUACUACACCGCUAGAGGUACUGUUCUGUUCCUGAGAAAAGAAAACUGCAUGUACCAGGCAUGCCCAACGGCAGAGUGUAAUAAAAAAGUAGUGGAUCAAGGCAAUGGUCUGUACCGCUGCGAGAAAUGCAACAGGGAGUUCCCGAAUUACAAGUGGAGGAUGAUUCUCAGUGCCAACGUGGCCGACCACACUGACAAUCAGUGGAUUACCUGUUUCCAGGAGUCAGCUGAAGCUCUAAUAGGUAUCAAAGCUGAUGAGCUUGGUUCCUUGCGUGAGAAAGAUGAGAACCAAUUUGACCAGGUUAUGAGCGAGGCCCUGUUCAAGCAAUACACUUUCAAAAUGCGAGCUAAGGUGGAGUCUUAUAAUGAAGAGAGCCGGCUGAAAACAGUUUGUGUUUCUGCUACACCUAUUGAUUGGAAGGAGGCAAGUAUCCAAUUAUUGGAACAGAUUAAGCAGUUGGGAAUUUAAAUGUUUUAUUAUGUUCUGACUUGUGACCAUUUUUAUAUGGCUAGUUCUGUAUAUUUUCUUAGUUUGUACCUGGUAUACAGUUAAUGGAAAUAAGCCUGCUGGGUAUUAUGAAGAAGCUGAGUUGUAAAUUGACUUUGUUUCAAAUACAAAUUGAAAUUUGAGCUGACUCUGUUGGUAUAGUUGCAUUUUUUAAAACAACUCAUUGCUUGUACAGAAAUUGGCCAUUAUAUUUGCAUCGUUUAAAUGUUUUUGUUAAAAGUCCAGUUCUGCAAUUACACAUUGUCAAAUGCUGGUGUUAUUUUUGUACCAUCUAUAAUCAUCACCGGUAGUAGUUUUUUUUUUUUUUUAUCAUGUGGGUAUAGGACUAACUACCUUAAAACUUUUUUGUUUUCCACUGGUGGAUUAGAUUGAAUAUAGUCAGAAUUAUUUUAUAAAGACAGUUUUGUGCACUGUAUUUGAAUUAUUGUAUGUUUAUGCUCACUCCUAUUUAACGAGCAGUACUAUGUGAUUUUUUUUUUAGUGUUCCAAUUAUAUUUACUUGAUAGUAUAUAAAAUAUUGUUUUGCCAUUGUUUCUUUUCUUUAUCAUUAAUGCAAAUCUGUAUGUUAAUUGACAUACCAAUGUUACUGCUAACUGAACAUCCAUAUAUUUAUUUUUUUAGCAACAAAGUGGUGAAAUAAAUAUGGAUGGGGGGUGAAGUAAGAUCAUUCUUGCAUAAUGAUAUAAGUUGGCUGAGGCUACCAAAAUAACCUAAGAUUUUCAGUAUUGAAUUUCAGUACUAUAUUACUGAUUAUAAAUUUUUAGUUCAAUACAUUCUUUUGAAUAGCUACUUAACUAACUGAUGUAUAUUGAGAAAAAACAAUACUUUGUUAUAUGAUGUAUGCAUUGAGGUGUAUAAGAAAAUAAACUGUUGACAAAAAAAAUUCUCUGUGAUCUAGUAAUGUUGGCUUAUUAAACAAUGGGUAAUCGCAAAAGUAGGUACUAGCUGAUUGUUUCUGACGCCAGCUUUCAAGUUUUAAUUUUUUUUUCAACUUAUUUGGGGUGCUAAUGAUAGGAUGAUAAAUAAAUCGUAAAAGAACUUACUGGCUAAACAACUUCCAAUUAUAUUUCAUUAGUCCAAAUGGACAGGCAUUCUUUAUUAUAGC